UCAUCGUUUCAAACUUUGGACUUCGUCGUCUCUUCUUCAUCUUCAUCUUCAUCUUCCUCCCGGCUAAGUUAUGGAUAAACGGCGACCUCUCACUUUCGACACAUCGGAUCCGCUCUUUCUCUCUGCUUCCAUGGGCUUCGGGGAGCUCCCUCUCGACGUACGGCGACCGAGGGCGGCGAGCAGCGACCGGCGAGCCGAUGUCUGCGAGAUGGAUUUGUUUCCGGCCAAGAAGACGAAAUCCGAUCUCGCCCCCGUAAAGAAGGAAGAAGUCGCCGUUCAGACGGCUGGAUUCUUAAUGCAACUUCACGCUGCGAAUACGCGCAGCGACCAGUCAACGGUGGACGACGGGGCGUCGCGGAUCGACGACGAUAAGUGCGAUGAGUUGGCGGUCGUGAAACUGGAGCUGACCCGCAUGAACGAAGAGAACCAGAAACUGAGAGAAUUUCUCAACCAAAUGACGGCCAAGUACACGUCCCUUCACAUGCAAGUCCUCCAUCUGCUGCAGGACCGCGAUCGAGUUCCGGGAAACACAGCCGAGACCGCCCUUCGAUCGCGAGAGGUCGAGGAUGGAAGAAAUAAUAACACCGAUGACAAAUCUGUCGACGAAAGCAGGGCUAUCGUUCCGAUCAGGCAGUUUAUGGAUUUGGGCCCGGCGACCAGUGACAACGAGCCGUCUAACUCGUCGACCUCCAGCCCAGAUCAGUCGUUGACGUUGUCGCCGCCGCCGCCGCCGUCUGAGACCUCAGAAGUGAACCUCAGCAAAGCGCCUAAGUUGACCCCGGCGACGGCUGCUCAGGAGCAAGCCCAAGAGGCCAGCAUGAGGAAGACGCGUGUCUCUGUGCGAGCUCGAUCUGAGGCGCCCAUGAUUAGUGAUGGAUGCCAAUGGAGGAAGUAUGGACAGAAGAUGGCCAAGGGAAAUCCAUGCCCCAGAGCUUACUACAGAUGCACCAUGGCCGCCGGAUGCCCAGUCAGGAAACAAGUGCAACGGUGCGCGGACGACCGGUCGAUCCUAGUGACGACCUACGAGGGGGCCCACAACCACUCCCUCCCGCCGGCGGCUAUGGCCAUGGCUUCGACCACUACAGCCGCCGCGUCGAUGCUCCUGUCGGGUUCGAUGACUAGCGCCGACGCGCUCAUGAAUCAUCAUUUCCUCGCGAGGUCCAUUCUGCCGGGAGCUUGCUCGUCGAGCAUGACGAGCAUAUCGGCGUCGGCUCCAUUCCCGACCGUCACGUUGGACCUGACCAAGAGCCCCAACCCGCUGCAGUACCAACGGCCGCCGCCACCGGUAGCGGCAGUGCCUUUCCAGGCUCAAUUCCCCGUGUUGCCGCCGCAGCCGCCGUCCCUUCCGCAAGUCUUCGGCCAGCAGUCAUAUUCGGUGGCGCCGCAGAAGGAACACUCCGGCGUGCCGCCGGCUAUCGCGGAGUCCGUGAGCGCGGCGACCGCUGCCAUCACGUCCGACCCGAACUUCACGGCGGCCCUGACCGCCGCCAUCAAGUCCAUCCUCAGCGGCAACCAACCUAUCGACAACGGCAACGAGCACGGACCGAGCAAAUUAUCCUGAAACUUAUACUACAAGAAAAUCAUCAAUUUACGGCAAAGCGAAGUUCCAGCUUCACACUUUUAGAUUGAUUUUGUUCGUUUGUUAUUUUAAGCGGUGGAAUAAAGACGUAACCUUUCUCGAUUA